AUGGCGAUAGUUACUGCCCCUGAUGGCUCCAAGCUCAACCCGGAAGAAGUCAAGGCUCUACUGGCAAAGGCGGGCUUGGCUCAAUCAGACACCCUCGUGCAAGAUUGGUGUACUCUGCUAGGCUCCUUCGAAGACAGCAUACAAGAUGUCUUGAGCCAGGAGGACGACCUUCCACGUCCCGACAUGACCAAGUACCCGAGGACAGAAAUCAAGAUUCCCGAAAAUGCCGGGGAAAGCGACAAAGGCGGGUGGGCUGUGACCUGUGUCGCACAAAGCACAGCACCCGUGAGCUCACUUCUUGCCGGCAAGAAGGUGGCCCUCAAGGACAAUAUUGCCUUUGCCGGCAUGCGCUGUCUGAAUGGCAUGGAUCCUUUGGGAAAGGAGUGGGUUCCCGAGUAUGAUGCUACGGUGGCGACGAGGAUCAUGGACGCCGGCGGAAUCAUUGUUGGCAAAGCAACUUGUGAAAAUGCGUGCAUGGAAGCUUCAUCAGACACUUCAUGGACAGGCAUUGUGCACAACCCGUAUGCUGACUAUUAUUCAUGCGGCGGCUCAAGCAGUGGAUCUGGUCGUGUAGUUGCGACAGGGUCGGCAGACAUGGCACUUGGAUGCGACCAAGGAGGUUCAGUCCGUAUCCCUUCCACAUUCUGCGGUCUCGUUGGUCUCAAGCCUACUUGGGGCUUGGUUCCCUAUAGCGGCAUUCUCGGGUUGCACGCGGACAUUGACCAUUGUGGACCCAUGACCCAAACGGUGCAAGACAAUGCUCUGCUUCUGGAAGCAAUCGCUGGUCCCGACGGUAUGGACGACAGACAACCCAGAAUGCUGCCUGAAGAGUCCUUGAAAUUCUCCAAGUCAUUGGCCGCAUUCCUGAGUGCCACUGAAUCAUUAUCGAAGCCACUUGAAGGCAUCAAGGUCGGAAUCCUCAAGGAGGGAUUCGAGCUCAGUGUGUUGGAUGCAAAUGUCGAAAAGGCAGUCCGCGCUGCGAUUGCCGAUCUCUCUGCCCUCGGAGCUCAGGUCGUCGAAGUAUCCAUCCCAGAGCACAAUCAGGUAUGUGCUGCAUGGACUUGUACACAAGCCUUGGCCGGUGCACGGGAUGGCCUUCUCGGAGAUAGGACUGGUCGCAAGGAGCUCUACAUGACCGACAGAGCUGGUGGCCCUGAAAGUCAGGUCACACAGCAGAGGUUCGACACGUGGGGACCCGGUGCUCAAAACAUGUACAUGAAGUACCUCUAUGUCGCCGAGAAGUACGGUGCAUUGGUGAGUGCCAAGGCGUCCAAUCUGAUCCGAAAGUACACGAGGGCGUACGAUGCCGCGCUUGCGUCCUUGGAUGUUCUCGUCAUGCCGACCAUACCAUUUCCCGCGACCCCCAGCUUCCGUGAAGGGGGAGAUCACACAACUUUGGAAAGGCUGACUCGCAUGGCUGGUACUGUACUAAACACGGCACCUUUCAACGCGACCGGGCAUCCAGCUCUGUCAGUUCCUGUCGGUUUCGUUUCCGCUCCUGGUGAUUCUUCGAUUUGGCUCCCGACUGCUUUGCAAAUCGUGGGCAAGCAAUUUGACGACUUGACCUGUCUCAAGGUAGCAGGGGCUUGGGAGCGUCACAAGGACUGGAAAACGCUGCAAUUCUGA